CGGCCCGCCCGCGCCCGCCCGCGCCCGCCGCCCCGCGCGCCGCAGCCAUGGGGCCCCGAGCCGCCCCGGCGCCCGCGCUGCGGCUCCUCGCGCUGGGCAUGCUGCUGUGGCGGGCGGCCGGCGCCUGGGAGCUCACGGUGCUGCACACCAACGACGUGCACAGCCGGCUCGAGCAGACCAGCGAGGACUCGAGCAAGUGCGUGAACGCCAGCCGCUGUGUGGGCGGGGUGGCGCGGCUCUCCACCAAGGUGCAGCAGAUCCGCCGCUCCGAGCCGCACGUGCUGCUGCUCGACGCCGGCGACCAGUACCAGGGCACCAUCUGGUUCACCGUGUACAGGGGCGCCGAGGUGGCGCACUUCAUGAACGCCCUGCGCUACGAUGCCAUGGCACUGGGAAAUCAUGAAUUUGAUAAUGGUGUAGAAGGACUGAUUGAUCCACUCCUCAAAGAGGCCAGAUUUCCAAUUCUGAGUGCAAAUAUCAAAGCAAAGGGGCCACUAGCAUCUCAAAUAUCAGGACUUUAUUUGCCAUAUAAAAUUAUUCCUGUUGGUGAUGAAGUUGUGGGAAUUGUUGGAUAUACUUCAAAAGAAACCCCUUUUCUCUCAAAUCCAGGAAGGAAUUUGGUAUUUGAAGAUGAAAUCACUGCAUUGCAGCCUGAAGUAGAUAAGCUGAAAACUCUAAAUGUGAACAAAAUCAUUGCACUGGGACACUCUGGUUUCGAAAUGGAUAAACUCAUCGCUCAGAAAGUGAAGGGUGUGGACAUCGUGGUAGGAGGACACUCCAACACAUUCCUUUACACAGGUACUCCACCUUCCAAAGAGGUGCCUGCUGGGAAGUACCCAUUUAUAGUCACAUCUGAUGAUGGGCGGAAGGUUCCUGUGGUCCAGGCCUAUGCUUUUGGCAAAUACCUAGGCUAUUUGAAGGUUGAGUUUGAUGAAAAAGGAAAUGUCAUCGCUUCACAUGGAAACCCCAUUCUUCUCAACAGCAGCAUUCUCGAAGAUCCAAGCAUAAAAGCAGACAUUAACAAAUGGAGGAUAAAAUUAGAUAAUUAUUCUACUCAGGAAUUGGGGAAAACAGUUGUCUAUCUGGAUGGCUCCACUCAAUCCUGCCGCUUUAAGGAAUGCAACAUGGGCAACCUGAUUUGUGAUGCUAUGAUUAACAACAAUAUUAGACACUCGGAUGAAGUGUCCUGGAACCAUGUGUCCAUGUGCAUUUUAAAUGGAGGUGCCAUUCGGUCGCCCAUUGACGAACGGAACAACGGCACAAUUACCUGGGAGAACCUGGCUGCUGUACUGCCCUUUGGGGAAACCUUUGACCUGAUCCAAUUAAAAGGUUCCACGCUGAAGAAGGCCUUUGAGCACAGUGUACACCGCUAUGGCCAGUCUACCGGAGAGUUCCUGCAGGUGGGCGGAAUUCACGUGGUAUAUGAUCUUUCCCGAAAACCUGGGAACAGAGUGGUCAAAAUAGAUGUUCUUUGUACCCAGUGUCGAGUACCCAGUUACGAGCCUCUCAGAAUGGAUAAGAUAUAUAAAGUAGUCCUCCCUAGCUUCCUUGCAAAUGGUGGAGAUGGAUUCCAGAUGAUAAAAGAUGAAGCAUUAAGACAUGACUCUGGUGAUCAAGAUAUCAACGUGGUUUCUGGAUACAUCUUAAAAUUGAAAGUAAUUUAUCCAGCAGUUGAAGGUCGGAUCAAGUUUUCUGCAGGAAGUCGUUGUCAUGGAAGCUUCUCUCUAAUAUUUCUUUUAUUUUUGGCAGUGAUCAUUGUUUUAUACCAAUAGCCAAAAAUUCUUGCCAUUAAUGUUUGGAACUGCAUUUUUUUUUUUUUCCAAGUGAGAUUCAAGUCUGCCUUUUAGGAACUGGCUUGGUGAUGGCACAGACCAUCUUUGUAAGCCCUUAGAAACUGAGCUUAGAGGACUAUAAAUGAAGACAUUGACAUCACACAGGAUCAGCAAAUUAGUGAAAACACAGGAAAAAAAUGAAAAUGAGCCCUUUGAUGGGAAGGCCAACCAUCUUUAGUUUACAUAUGCAAAUUUUAAUAAAAUUUUAUUAACAAUUUUAAACCACAGAAAUCAUUUUUCUCCUUUAUGUUCAUUUUAAUCCAUCAAACACCUAUGUUUACAUAGAACUUUAUCAUUUACAAGGAAGUUUUAAGCACAUUAUCUUACUUGAUGCCUAUAACUUUCUUUGGUGGGCAAGACAAGUGUUUUUCCCAUGUGACAGAUGGGAAACUGAAGCUCAGAAGAAGCAGACACGUUCAAGGCCAUAGAGCUGAAAGUGAUCGGUCUAAGACUUGCAACCAGGUUUUCUGACCUCAAGUCCAGCACUUUCAACUACGUCCAGUUGCUUUUCGGAAUGAUACUUAAUGGCUUCCUCUCUUCAUAACGAUGGCAUCAAGCUCCUGAAUGACAAGUAUCUGCUUUAUUUCAGGUCUCUAUUUUUUUCCUUUUUAGAUCCUGUUGUUAUAGUAAGUUUAAUGGACUAACACAGUGUAGCAUUCUCUCUUGUACCACCCAUGCACCUUUAAUGAGUCAGGGAAUAAAGUAAACAGUGCAGCAGAUGAUGGGAAAGGCAAGAGGCUGCAAAAAAUAGUCCAGGGUCCAAGAGAAAGGUAAGGGAAGAACAGGACACUCAGGACGUAUUUACAUUAUAGAAGAAAAAGAGCUAAAGGGCAUUUAGAUUUGUUAAAGAGAGAUCCACUUAAGGAGUAGCAGCAUAGUACCUGACACAUGGUAUUAGCUGUUAAUAAUUUUAUGGGAUUCCAUCAGUUUUGCCUCUGUGCUCUUUCCUUCUCAUGUCAAGGUAUCAUAAGAGAACCUUCUAAGACAAGGUGUAAUUCUAAACCUGCACCUGUCCCUCCGUAGCAAGAUGCCAGGAAUGCACUUACUGUAGUCACACUACAUACAUACACACCCUCCCACCCCCUACCCCCCACCCCAGGUAUGGAAAAUCCAGAAGGGAGACAAGAGACAAGGAUUAGUUUUUUUUUUAAAGUAGUAUACAUAAGAAAUUUGAAGUAAGAUCUGCUUGCAAAUCUGGACACUCUAAGUCAUUCUCAAAUAUAGAUAUGAGAACUCCUGCCUAGGAGUAAGCCCCUCUGAGUGCAAGUUCAAAAAACACCCAGACCGAUGAAAUGAUUUAUGCCCAAAAGUACAAAUACUUGCUUAAGGUGCUUGUGAGACCAUGCGAGCCUGCUCAGCAUUGCAUAAAUGAUUCAGUGAGAAAUGGGAGCCUUCACCUUCAAAAAUGAUGAGCAAAUGGCAGUAGAGGUUUGUAGAGACAGUGUUUGUUUCUUAAUGUUUAAAAAUAUUAAGUACAUUUGAUACAAAAAUGCACUUGUAAACUCUGUAACAUCUUUUAAAAGGCUAUUGCAGUAAAAUAAUGCUCUCAGUUUUAUGCAUAUACAGAUUAGCUAUAAAUAAAUGUCAGUAAGAUGGUAAGAGGAAAAUUAGAGAAACUUGCAUUUGGAGCCUAUUUUUUAUGCUUGGCCAGGAAAAAAGAAUAAAUCCUAUUGGAGCACAAAUUUUUAAAGAACAUUUUUUUGUAAGUUUUCUAAAUAUAUGUACUUGUAUUUUGCAGUGGUUUAAGAAAUGACCUCAGACACUUUGCAAUUACAGAUUCAAUCGUGCAAUUCAAUUGUACAAUAAAACUAAAGAUAUA